GUGUCUGUCUGUGUGUGUGUGUGUGUGUGUGUGUGUGUGUCUGCAGAUGAAGGUGGAGGGUUUACCGGAGGAAGCUGCGUCCGCGUCUGCAGCGGAGCAGAGCGCCGGUGGCGUUGGCUGCGUGUCGCGGCUGCUGAGCGCCGUGGAGAGCGAGCUGCAGGCCGGCGGCGAGAAGGGCGACCCGACGGAGAGAGAGCUCAGCGUCUCGCUGGAGGACGGGGAACUCUGGAGGAAGUUUCAGCACAUCACCAACGAGAUGAUCGUCACCAAGAACGGACGAUUUAAUCUGAGAAUCAUGUUGAACUCUCUCCAUAAGUACGAGCCUCAGCUUCACAUCGUGUGCGUCGGCGCUCGCCAUCGCCUCGUCUCCAACGUUUCCUUCAAAGAGACGCAGUUCAUCGCCGUCACCGCCUACCAGAACGAAGAGAUCACAGCUCUGAAGAUUAAGUACAACCCGUUUGCUAAAGCGUUCCUCGAUGCUAAAGAGAGGAACCCUGGGGGGCGGGGCUUACCGGAGUCUUCAGACAGUCGAGUUGGGAUUCAACCAUGCUGGUCUCUGUGUUCAGGAGGAGGAGGCGGAGCAUUUCCGUACGGCGGCACCAUCCCACUGACAUCACACCAUCACCAUGGUUACCCGGGGCGACACACACCUUACCCCCCCGCCUACCUGCCGCACCGCACACACUCCUCAGGUGUCCAGGUGAUAUCAGACGGCUGGAGCAGCUCCUCCUCUUCCUCUUUAUCCUCCUCUUCCUCCCUCCCUCCGUCCUCACAGCCUCCUCCUCCUCCUCACAGCUCCAGUCAGUUUCCGUGUCUGUGGACGGUUGGAUGCAGCGAGAUAAGCCCCUCCCACUCGCCCUGCACCGCUCUCCACGGACCAAUCAGCAGCGAGAGCCUCAUGCAGCCACCCAGUCACGGCCGAGUGGGCGGUGCCUCCUGGCCUCCUGGCCCCACCCAUUCCUUCUGAGGAGGGAUGUGAUUGGUUGAAUGGAAGUGUGUGUGUGUGUGUGUGUGUGUGUGUGUGUG